UGACAAUAACUGAUUGUCAAGUAAACCAGCUGAUCUCAGAUAAAGAGUUUUGUGAACAAAUAAUUUGGACCACACAAAAGAUUACAGUAUAAAAACAUUUCAAAAUUAUUGAUUAGUUUAAUAAAAGUUAACAAACAAAAUGUCAACUGCUAUGACAUUUGGUCAAAAACCGUUUAUACCAACACCGCCAGAUAAAGGCAGUUUUCCUUUAGAUCACGAUGGAGUGUGUAAAAAAAGCAUGACGAGAUUUAUGAAAUGUUUAUUUAAUAACAAUAAUAACAACUCUUUAUGUCGGGAUGAAGCAAAAGAAUAUUUAGCGUGCAGAAUGGAGAAUAACCUAAUGGCUAAAGAAGACUGGUCUAAGUUAGGGUUUAAGAAUGGUGGUAGUUGAAAUUAUUUAUUAUUAGAACGUAGGUAAGCAAUUAUGUAUAUUAAUAAAAUAAGCAAAUUAUUUGCCUUUUUUUAAUUCCCUGUUUUAGAUGUAAAAUGUGUUGUGUUUCAUAUUAUUUGUGCUAUGGUCUAAUAUUGUGAAGACACCAGUUAUAACAGUGGUAGACGCCAGCACCAACAUCUGUUCCACAAAUGUGCUGGCUAGACAAGUUAAAUACCACAACAACACACAAGACAGGCAUCAAGUGGAAGUAAUUCCGCCGUUAGUUUGAUUAGUGGAUU